AUUUUGUUGGAGCUAACCCAACUGAGCCAACCUACUGCCAGAUUUACAAAUUACAAGCAAACACAUGCUUACUUACUUUUGCAUAUGCACCACCUCCUUGACCUUAUGGGAAAAUAAAUAAGAAAGAUGGUGGGCCUUUUGUCCUUGAGUUUGCCAAUAAAAUAUCUAUAUACUGGCAUUGGAAUUUGCACUCUUAUUCCAACUUCCAACCCACAAGGGUACACUAACAGUACUGAUACGGUAAAAAUUGUGGUGGAGGAAGAAUGGAGAUGGAGGGGGAGAUAAAGAAUUUCAUCAUGGUAUGGAGCGUAGCUUCAGCAACAAUGUGUUACUGCCACAGAAUUGGGAAGCUAAUCCCAGAAGGCACAUCAAGACUCAUAGCCCUAUUCCCAGCCAUAGGGAUCCUCCUUCUCCUCCCUCUAAGGCUCAUCUCCGUUCACCUCGGAGGCCCAUCUGCUUUCUUCCUUGGUUGGCUUUCAACCUUCAAACUCAUCCUCUUUGCCUUUGGAAAGGGUCCCUUAUCCUCCAACCCUCCCCUCUCUUUGCCUCACUUCGUCCCCAUCGCAUGCCUCCCCAUCAAAUUCGAACAUGACCCAAAACACCAAAUCCCCCAAAAGAAACACAAAUCUCCCUUCAGUUAUGCUUCAACCUCAAUGGUUAUUAUAUUGGCUGCUUUAAUUCCUCUCUACGGGAAAAAAGAGUAUUUUCACCCAAAGUUUGUAUUUUUCUUGUACGGCCUCCACAUGUACAUAGGGUUAGAGUUCAUUUUCGCCACGGUCUCCGCAGCAACGAGAAAACUCAUCGGGGUUCAGCUGGAACCACAGUUCAAGGAGCCAUACCUAUGCACUUCGUUACAAGAUUUCUGGGGGAGAAGGUGGAACAUCAUGGUCAACCGUGUUCUUCACCCCACCGUGUACGAUCCCGUGAAGAAUCUCUCUGCACGAGUCCUUGGGAGAAAGUGGGCCCCACUUCCUGCAAUUCUCGCUUCCUUUGCCGUGUCCGGGAUGAUGCACGAGCUCGUGUUUUACUACAUCAAGCGGGAAAAGCGCACGUGGGAGGUAUGGGAGCCCUCGUGGGACGCCACGUGUUUCUUUCUCAUUCACGGGGUGUGUGUGGCCAUGGAGGUUGGAAUCAAGAAGAGUCUCAGAGGGAAAAAACAGUGGCAGGUGCCCAGGGUGCUGUCGUGGAUGCUAACGUUGCUGUUUGUGCUCUACACAGCGAUGGCCUUCUUUCUGCCCGCGCUAGCGCGGUGUCGCGUUUAUGAGAAGGCAACCAGAGAGUUGACCGCUUUGACCCAGUUUCUCAUGGAUGUUUACGGUCUUUAUUCACUCCAAGGAUCACAUAAAUGAACAUUGUUGCUUUGGUUUCAUUCCUUUCUUUUUCAUUUGUUUCAAAUUUGUAAUUGACACCUAAGACUCAUAUAUUUCAAUUCCAAAUUCUCUUUCAUUCUCAA